GUCAUCUGGCAUGACAGUGGGCACCGAGUCUCCAAGCUCAACAGCGGGCAAUGAGUCACCUGGCAGAACAGUGGGCAAUGAGUCAUCUGGCAGAACAGCGGGCAAUGAGUCAUCUGGCACGACAGCGGGCGCCGAGUCAUCUGGCAUGACAGUGGGCACCAAGUCAUCUGGCACGACAGCGGGCACCGAGUCACCAAGCUCGACAGCGGGAGUCUCCAAGCUCGAGUCUCGGGCAAGCUCGACAGCGGGCAAUGAGUCAUCUGGCAGAACAGCGGGCAAUGAGUCAUCUGGCACGACAGUGGGCGCCGAGUCAUCUGGCACGACAGCGGGCACCGAGUCAUCUGGCACGACAGCGGGCACGGUCAUCAAGCCCGUACACUGGGUCACCAGGCAUUCGGCUGAACAG